AUGCCUGUUAAACGAGAGGUUGUAGGUUACCCAGCCCCUGUAAUGAAGCAAGCCUCAAUACACAUUAGCUGCUAUAAUCACAACUGCAAUGACUAUUACUUAAGACUCCUCUGUGCCAAGUUUUCUCUGGCUUUGUGUGUGGAUACUUUGGAGCCCUUUUUCCUUGACCUAAUUCUGCUUUUUGUGUCCUUCAACAGGUUCCCCAACACAACUCACGAAGGUUUCAAUGUCACCCUCCACACCAGCCUGGUUGUCACUACAAAACUGGUGCUCCCGACCCCUGCCAAGCCCAUCCUCCCUGUGCAGACAGGGGAGCAGGCUCAGCAGGAGGAACAGUCCAGUGGCAUGACUAUCUUCUUCACCCUCCUUGUCCUAGCUAUCUGCAUCAUAUUGGUGCAUUUACUGAUUCGAUACAGAUUACAUUUCUUGCCAGAGAGUGUUGCUGUUGUUUCUUUAGGUAUUCUCAUGGGAGCAGUUAUAAAAAUUAUAGAGUUUAAAAAACUGGCAAAUUGGAAGGAAGAAGAAAUGUUUCGUCCAAAUAUGUUUUUCCUUCUAUUGCUUCCACCUAUUAUAUUUGAGUCAGGAUAUUCACUACACAAGGGUAACUUCUUUCAAAAUAUUGGUUCCAUCACCUUGUUUUCUGUUUUUGGUACAGCAAUUUCUGCUUUUGUAGUAGGUGGAGGAAUUUAUUUUCUGGGUCAGGCUGAUGUAAUCUCUAAACUCAACAUGACAGACAGUUUUGCAUUUGGCUCCCUAAUUUCUGCUGUCGAUCCAGUGGCUACUAUUGCCAUUUUCAAUGCACUCCACGUAGACCCAGUGCUCAACAUGCUGGUUUUUGGGGAGAGUAUUCUCAACGAUGCAGUCUCCAUCGUCUUGACCAACACAGCUGAAGGUUUAACAAGAAAAAAUAUGUCAGAUGUCAGUGGGUGGCAAACAUUUUUACAAGCCCUUGGCUACUUCCUCAAAAUGUUCUUUGGCUCAGCAGCGCUCGGCACUCUCACUGGCUUAAUCUCUGCAUUAGUGCUAAAGCAUAUUGACUUGAGGAAAACGCCUUCCUUGGAGUUCGGCAUGAUGAUCAUUUUUGCGUAUCUUCCUUAUGGGCUUGCGGAAGGAAUCUCACUCUCGGGCAUCAUGGCCAUCCUGUUCUCAGGCAUCGUGAUGUCCCACUAUACGCACCAUAACCUGUCCCCGGUCACCCAGAUCCUCAUGCAGCAGACCCUCCGGACCGUGGCCUUCUUGUGCGAAACAUGUGUGUUUGCAUUUCUUGGCCUGUCCAUUUUUAGUUUCCCUCACAAGUUUGAAAUUUCCUUUGUCGUCUGGUGCAUAGUGCUUGUACUGUUUGGCAGAGCAGUGAAUAUUUUCCCUCUUUCCUACCUUCUGAAUUUCUUCCGUGAUCAUAAAAUCACACCGAAGAUGAUGUUCAUCAUGUGGUUUAGUGGCUUGCGGGGUGCCAUCCCCUAUGCCCUGAGCCUGCACCUGGACCUGGAGCCCAUGGAGAAGCGGCAGCUCAUCGGCACCACCACCAUCAUCAUCGUGCUCUUCACCAUCCUGCUGCUGGGCGGCAGCACCAUGCCCCUCAUCCGCCUCAUGGACAUCGAGGACGCCAAGGCGCGUCGCCGGAACAAGAAGGAUGUCAACCUCAGCAAGACCGAGAAGAUGGGCAACACAGUGGAGUCGGAGCACUUGUCGGAGCUCACCGAGGAGGAGUAUGAAGCCCACUACAUCAGGCGGCAGGACCUCAAAGGCUUCCUGUGGCUGGAUGUCAAGUACCUGAACCCCUUCUUCACACGGCGGCUGACCCAGGAGGACCUCCACCACGGGCGCAUCCAGAUGAAAACCCUCACCAACAAGUGGUACGAGGAGGUGCGCCAGGGCCCCUCUGGCUCUGAGGACGAGGAGCAGGAGCUGCUGUGACCGAGCAGGGCCUCCCCACGUCUCUGGGAUGGACACCCAGCAAGGGCCCCUGAGGUGCGUGCAUUUGGCAGCCUCUUCAGGAAGAUGAAAGCAGGGUGGAGCCAAGAUGCUGCCUUCUUUACCCGGACCAUCCAGGCCAGCUGGCUUCUUCUGAAACAUGUCAUCUCCCACUCCUCACCCAGCCAGACCUCUGCUCACAGCGUCACUUCCAGCCUGCAGAUUAGAUGGAAACCUGUCCAGGUAAAUGUUUCCUUUUGCUUCUGCAGCCAAGGCAAACAGUCAUCUGUCCAUCCCAGGUGCCUGCAAGGAGAAAUCCUGUGUGGAAGCUGCUGUGACUGGGUGUCCUCGGGGGAACGCUGGUCUGCAGUUUCUGUCAUUCCCAGCUAACACCAUCAUCAUGACCCUAGGGGCGGGCAGAGCGAGGAGCCAGCUGCCAGUUUCCUUAUCAUCAUCAAGGUGCCUUGGGCCUCAGCAUCAGCAGUUCUGACCUACGUGGCAGGCCCAGAAACCUUGAAAACCUCACACUCCCCUUUGUGAUGUUGCUUGCACACCCUGAGAAAAACAGUGACCUUUGUCUUCUUUACCUCUGACUGGCACCUCGAAGGCUGUCUCCCUGGGUGACAGGCAGCCACUGCCUUCUCUGGGAAUACUGUGAAUGUUUACACUGGUAACCAGCACGUAGGCACAGGCCUUUCUUUGGAGCCCCUUUGGAAGCUGCAUCGCUGGUUUUGGGGUGAGUGGGCCUAUUUUGUGGUGUCAGAGCGCCCUCUAGAGGACAAAUCUAACAGUACAGUGCUUAGGCAGGCCAGCAACUUCUGAAUUUAGUUUAAAUUCAUGCACUUGAACAAAGUGGUAUGUCCAGAGGCCCCUUUUCUUGGGCUCCAUGGGGUCUGCCCACCGUUUACUUGCUGCCACCUUCACAGCUAAUCAGCAUUUCCUCUUCCCAAGUCUCUACUGUUUGGGGUCCCACUUGUCCUCCAUGCCAGGGUCCCAGUUCGCCCAAGCAUGGCGACGGGCCAGAGCCUGCCACCCCCUCCCCAGUGGCCUGCAUUCACAUGCAUCCGAUCCCCACCUAAAAUCCCCAAGCAGCCACUGGGACCCCAGGACCUGUUCCUCCCGUCUGUCACAGAGUGCUUACACUCUUCUCCCGUACACAUACCCCACCCUGACUUCAUGGGCCUGGCCCCCGGGCCUCUGAGGGCAAGGAGCUGCCAAUCAUGUCCAGAUGAUUUGGAGUUAGUGACUCUCACAUCCACUCCUCACCUGCCCUAAUUUAACAAGCCUCGUACCUGCUUGCCGUUGCCCAUCUAUGGGCUGUUUUGGCAUUUCCAUGUGUGGCUCAGGGUCCCAGCUGGAGCUGGGACUUAGCACCCUCUGGGUGAUUUAACUCAUCAUGUAUAUGUGCUUGGUUCUCUGUGGGGACCCAGUAGGCCAGCAUGGGCCCUGGCUGGCAGCAAAUAUGUGUCCAUCUCUUCUGCCUCAGGCAGCAUGGCCCUGGAUGUCAGGAAGGACUGACCUUGGGACCUUCAGGACUCAUGUCCAGCCCACAAGGCCAGGCCCCUUCCCUAAUGCCUUCCCUUUCCCCAGAAGUGUAAGUUGUAAGGCCAGUCAGGCAGGAAGCACGAGGUGUCCUUUUUAUGCAUGAAAAGUAAAUUUGUACUUUAUAGAGCUAAAAUAUGAGCAUUUUUGUUUUUGUAAUUUCCCCCCUUAACCCAAUAAUUUGAGCCAAACAGGAUUCUUUUACUCCACCUGAUACUCCCACUGGAGGAGUAAUAUGUGCAUAAUUUUCUUAUUUCCUUUUAGUGGAAAAGUAAGAGAAGAGGUCAAAGAGGGAGAGACCUUAGUCCACAUGAGGUGGGGGGAUAGGCAGGGAUCAUACUGUUCUCUCAUCCCCCAACUCACAAGUAAUUUACUUUCUGCCCUAAAACUCAGGGUCCGAUCUCAGAGGUGGAAGUUGCAUUGCAAACUCAGUAUCUUGCCAGGAAAAAAAUUUUUUUAGUUCAUAGAGUCAGCAAUGAAAACAGGUUCUUUUCCAUUCAGACUGCUUCUUGCCACCGGGUCCUGCCUGGCCUCCCACUUCUAGCUGAGACCUGAAAAUGACACUACGGUGGAGAAGUACGUGGGGGAGUUGGUGGAAGGUCCCCAAGGCUUGGCUAUGGGGUAUGGGGCACCUUUCCUGGCAGGUUCCAGCACUGGUCUGGAUCUCCUGUGGGCCGCCUCUGUUCCUCAGCAGUCUGGCUGGCUGGCUAGUCACCUUUGGAACAGGCAAACGCCCACAAAGAGGCAUUUUUCUGGUGGUUUUUUCACAUGUCUUUGCCUGAGAAUAAAAAAUUGCUUCUGUCUACCUUUAGCAUAUCUAAUAAUUAUAUUAUUUGGUGUAAUAAAUGCCUAGAUUUUAAAAAUCCAGCAUAA